AUGAUAGAUGCACCCAGUGUAUCAUCUGGCAAUGGGAGAGAGCGUUUUUUCGUUGAUCUCACAAGAAACAACUGGCAUUUCACCCGGGGUCGGAUAUCUAAUGCUGUCCAUGAUGGCACACCCCAAACCAGAACCCUGUUUCCGACUGGUCCUGCAUCAGAAAGACUCUGGGGUGGAAGAUCUGCAGAGAAUGACAGAAUUGAUGCAUUUGGUUGUCCCGUGGACUCUGAGAAUGUAGGUUUCCCGAAUUGUAGAAGGCGUUUUAGAAGCAGACGGACUACUCGAGGUGAACACGUUGGUGAGGGUGGAUCUUUUCGGGGAGGUGCAUCUGUACGUAGAGGCGAGCCUGCUCGUGGAGGUUCACAUAAUUCUGGGUUCUUUACCCCCGGCGGAACCUCGCAAUCUCGAGGAUGUUAA